CAGCUGACACGUUUGUUUUGCUUGCCAGGAGGUCGUCAUGAUAAAAACACAGAGGCAGGAAAGCAGCACAUCAAAGCGCAUCGUGUAACGUGAAAGCUCCUCGCCGCCAUUACAACACAGCUCCACGUCUUUGGUCACCGACAGUCUCGUCAACUGCUGCCCUUUUUGUUUGCCCACACCGCCAUUACCUCCGUUGUCGACUGGGCGACGACUUUGACGCAGUAUGCCUUCAGAGAAGUCCUUCAAACAAAGGAGAACAUUCGAUCAGAGAGUAGAAGAUGUCCGGCUGAUCCGGGAGCAGCACCCUAACAAGAUACCUGUGAUCAUUGAACGCUACAAAGGAGAGAAACAACUUCCCAUCCUGGACAAGACCAAGUUCUUAGUGCCAGAUCACGUCAACAUGAGCGAACUGAUCAAGAUCAUCCGGAGGCGCCUCCAGCUCAAUUCCAACCAGGCUUUCUUCCUGCUGGUCAACGGCCACAGCAUGGUGUCCGUGUCGUCCGCCAUAUUGGAGGUUUACGAGCGAGAGCGGGACCAAGAUGGCUUCCUCUACAUGGUGUACGCCUCCCAGGAGACCUUUGGUGCCGCUUCUUCCCUCCAGUGAUCAAACUUCCUUUUCCUCUUCCUCCUCCCCGGCCAGCAAUUGGACAAUUUUAGUUUUUAGCUCCUCUCGGUGUUCUUUCCCUCGUAAUAACCUCGUCUUGUCGCCACCGACUAAGGUCAUGUCCACACCAACACAGAUACUUAAUAAACACAUACUUAUCUCUGUUUAGGCCUCUUGACCACACCACAUGCAUACUUUUGUUUUUCCAAACGCUGGAUGAAGUGUAGAGAUGCAAAAGAGAUGACAUCACAGUUGUGCGUUUAUUGAAACUGCACUUGUGUGGAUGGAGAUAGUUUGUGUUACUGUUGGUGUGGACAUGGUCUUACUGCUUAAAGACCAAGUAGAGCUCCUUCUCACAGGUUGUGGUUUUUCUUUUAAGUAGAGAUGUCUGAUAAUAUAUCGGCCUGCCGAUAUUAUCGGCCGAUAAAUGCGUUAAAAUUAAUAUCGGAAAUUAUCGGUAUCGUUUUUUUUAUUAUCGGUAUCGUUUUUUUUUGUUUUUUUUGUUUUUUUUGUUUUUUUUGUAAUUAAAUCAACAUAAAAACACAAGAUACACUUACCGGUACAAUUAGUGCACCAACCCAAAAAAACCUUCCUCCCCCAUUUACACUCAUUCACACAAAAGGGUUGUUUCUUUAUGUUAUUAAUAUUCUGGUUCCUACAUUAUAUAUCAAUAUAUAUCAAUACAGUCUGCAAGGGAUACAGUCCGUAAGCACACAUGAUUAUGCGUGCUGCUGGUCCACUAAUAGUACUAACCUUUAACAGUUACCGUAUUUUUCGGAGUAUAAGUCGCACCUGCCGAAAAUGCAUAAUAAAAAAAGGAAAAAAACAUAUAUAAGUCGUACUGGAGCCCGGCCAAACUAUGAAAAAAACUGCGACUUAUAGCCCGAAAAAUACGGUAAUUUUACUAAUUUUCAUUAAUUACUAGUUUCAAUGUAACUGUUUUUAUAUUGUUUUACUUUCUUUUUUAUUCAAGAAAAUGUUUUUAAUUUAUUUAUCUGAUUUUAUUUUAUUAAUUUUUAUUAAAAUUACCUUAUAUUCACCAUACCUGGUUGUCCAAAUUAGGCAUAAUAAUGUGUUAAUUCCACGACUGUAUAUAUCGGUUGAUAUCAGUAUCAGUAAUUAAAGAGUUGGACAAUAUCGGAAUAUCGGCAAAAUGCCAUUAUCGGACAUCCCUACUUUUAAGGGUUCUGCUGGUGUUUGUGUGACAUUAGUCUCCAACUUCAUCUUCUCGUCUGUUGUCAUGGCAGCAAACUAUGUGGUCAUCAACGUGGCGUUGCUCCACCACCUUUUCUAUACUUCCACUUGUUGGUGAACAAAGCAAAUUGUGUGCAUAAAUACGCGUAAAGAAAAAAUUCAAGCACAUCUAAUGUUUACGUUCAUGUUGACAUAAAAAGUGGUGGUAGCUUGUAGGCCGAUGCAGGUGUGCCUUAAAGUGGAUUAGAUGUGUGAUUGUAUAGACCACAACACCAUAGAAGUGUUGUGUGUUACCAAUAUUUCCUGUCAAAAAUAGCAACAUGUGUGUCGUCGUCCACCCUCAGGUCCAAAUAUGGUCACUCAAGGCUCCAAAAAGUCAACACAUUCACUUUUUGAAUGGUUAGGAUUUGUGAUCCAACCAAUCCUUUUAGUUUUUUAAAGUAUUUUUAAGACAUGUAUGUUGAAGUUGUUGUACUAGAGACAAUCUGCUUAGAAUGAUUUAGUUUCUUUAGGCGAGGAAAGAAGAGGGAUUAUAUGAAAACAUUUAUGUGUGCUGACUGUGUCACUGUGCUGACUUUGGCCCGCAGGGUUGAUUUCCGGGUGCUGCUGCGGUCAGUAGGAAACUUCACUGUUGCUGCACAUCCUGUGUGUGUGUGUGUGUGUUUCUUUUUUUAUGUUGUACAGAGCAAGUUGCGGCUGCCUUUAUUGUAGCAUUCGAUCAUUUAGAUUGUUUUAUUUAACUUUGUUUUUUCAUCUGAUCGUGCAACACCGUCAAUGAUACAUUGGACAAGUCCAAGCCACUGUGUGUUGCUGUUUGCGUUGUCUUCCAGCCCUUCACCUUCACGUUGAGCAAUAGCCAUGUAGUAAUUAUGUUGGGAUUUUGUUAACAAUAAAAGGUACAAAAAAUG